CCAUGGCUGUCUGCUUGUCGGUUCUCCUAUCGAUUCAUUCGUCAAAGAAAGAGAGCACGCACCAGGAAAGCCGGACACGCGACGCGCAGAUACUCGCCAGCGACGACACACUCGCCGAAUGUAAGAAUGCAUGCAUAAACCCCCCAGACACGCCAUCAACCGACGGUGUGAGCGUGUGUGUGUGUGUGUGUGUGUCCGUCUCAGUGAUGUGCCGGCAGCUGGUGCGAGGCCAGCGGGUGUCAGUGUGCGAAAGGCCAACCCGCUCGCCUGUGCUAAAUUAAGUGGAAGAGAACUUCUCAGUCUGUGCAUUUAUGUGCAUUGUUUAGCUUGGGUACACACUUGAUUGAUGUGCUACCAUCCAGGCCCUUGACGAAGAUCUGCAUGAACUCCACGAGGCGCAGCAUGUCAUUGUCCUGGAUGCCGUAGGACGCCAAGCUCCGUUCGUUCUCCGGCCCUACCAGUUCUCCAACCGUCCGUCCUCCGAACAUCAGCAGCUGCUGGAAGGGCGGGGUGCCCUCACGGUGCUGUAUGUCGGCCUUGACGUCCUCGAUGGUGUCAGACGGGGCGACACACAGCGUAAAAACAUUGCCUGGAUACAUACAUUGCCAAAGAUACAAAGACGAACAAAUGACGAGGUCACAGAGCGAUUGUGUGUGUCCGACCGGAUGCGGCCUUUACCAGUAAGGGCCUUGACGAUGAUCUGCAUGGUUGGUUUGUGCUGCGCCGGACGCUGUUGCUCGUCCACAAACAUCACGAUCUUGGGCUUUGCUGCAGCAGGCAGUGUGCGCAUCUCGCCAUCGACCCGCACCUUGAAGCACCCAUUGGCGGCGGCAUACACAGGGAGGCCGUCGAGCAGGCCGACCGCUUUGCUGCUCGUGGUGUCGUGUGGUGUGGGCAAAGGAGUGGGCGGGGCGGCCACUGACGGAUGGUUGGUGGCGACAGGGAGAAGAACAGAGGAGGGGAGGCCACGUAUCGGAUUGGUGGGUCGUACGUGUCUGUGUGUCCGUCUGUGUACCUGUCAGUGAGAAGUCGUCUCCCGGCCCGCGUAUGUCCUCUCGAUACUUGUGGAAGACCAUGCGGCAGAGGUCCUGAUGUUCAUUAUCGUCCCUGAGAAUCGCACACACGCGUCAGUGGGGGUCUUUGGGUGGUGCAUGUGUGUGUGUGUAUGUCUACCGUACCUAACAAGAUGCACCCACAAUCGCGUGGCCGAUUUUUUUGCCAUGCGGAGAGGCACGAUGCCGUAACCAUCGUAAUGCGCCGGGCAUCUAUCAUAGAUCUCCGCACACAGGCACCCAGCCACAAUACAUGCACACACAGACGUCCAUGUAUCCGUCACCCACCCGCCCACCGCUGAUGAGGGUCUCGACGAGCGGCCUUUGGAAGUGCUGAUAUCCCAGCUCGCCGAGGGACUUGAUGAUGCGGGUAAUGUGCAGCUGGUGCUUCCCGCAUGGGCCCCUCAUGAGCAGGUAGUUGAUCCUCCGGGGGUACUGCGACUCGUCGGCACGCUCGACCUCACCAGUUUCGUCACACGCCAGACGGAACCCAUAAAAGUCUGAACGAAGCACACGGCCAACAGCAUGGAGAUGAAAGUGCGGAUGUGUGUGGCAGCCCCUUCCGUGUCUGCGUGUGUGGGGUGGGGUGGGGUGGGGUGGGGGGGCUCCGCUUUGAGACUGAUUGACUGACCUAGCAUCAUCUUGUACGCGCGUAGCACUCUGCCCCUGACCGACUCGUUCGUCGCCAUGAACUCGGCCUCAGGUUUGGUCAGAGGCGGUGCAUCGCCAGCCAGGCCCUUCUCACGGAUGGGAAACAGCCACUGACGGACAACACACACAACAAGACAGCGACCGUUCGUUGCAGUGACUGACGUGACGGGAAAUGAAAAUGCGUCUGUCUGUCUGUCUGUCUGUCGCACACACCUGAAUGUACCCGGACAGGUACUUCGCGAGCAGCUCGUAGUCCCCGUGACAAUCCGCCAGGAUGGCCUCUAUCUUGGCGCCGCCGUCAGGCGUGGACGCAAUGCGGUUGAGGUAGAAGUCCAAUAUUGUCGUCGACUGGCCAUCGCGCUGGCCCGGAUAGCCACGGCGGUACCUGCACCAAGACGGUAGCAGGCAGCAGCAAAGGUCGAAACAAUGCCGCGCGGGAAAGGAUGGCACGGCGCUGUUUGCUGUUGUCACCUGACAGUGUCGCGCAUUGUGUUGGUUGUGGUUUCAGGAUGAGCAGGCCGUCUGGAUGGACGUCUGCUGCAAGGAAGCUGCAUGAAUGAGAAAGGCAGAGAGGUGACGAAAUGAAGCGCUUCCUUCGCCAGUGGAUCUGCGUGUUACCUUCCGGGCGAGGCGUGUGGUUUUGGUCCGGAGAUCUGUC